AUGCAAUUUUAUACAUAUUCAUAUUCUACUAGUGGUUAUCCGUCUGGUGAAAUUUCUUUUUAUUCUCAGGCCUUUCUCAAUGUUCAACAAUUACAAACGAUUUCAACGACAGUUGACAACAGUAUGAAUUUAAUGGGUCGAUUAAUUGAUAAAACAAAACGUAUGAAUGUCACACGAACAACAACAACAAAUGAAAAACCUCAACAAUCUAUAUUACCAAUCCGUAUACUUGAACUUGAGGCUAAAAUUGAAAAUCGUCCAACUAUAAUAGAUGAAAAAAGUUCAGCUGUUUUAAAAUAUCGAACACCACAUUUUCGUUCUACAGCUACUAUUCAAUUUCCUCCAUUAGAUGAAGGUGAACAUUGGAAAAUUGGUUGGAUACAAUCAUGUACACGUAUGGAUUUUUUAAAUUCAUAUGGUGAUUGGGGUUAUUCAAGUUGGGAAUUUCCUCAAUUAGUAUCUGGUCAAAAUCCAAUGAUAUCAGAUUCUGAUGGACGUAAUUAUCCAUUUUAUGGUUCAAAAUGUGAAGUAAUUGAACUUCAUGGACCAUUUUUAGAUUAUCAAACGAUAAAAGUUCUUAUGAAUGAUAAUUUUUAUCCACAUAUAACAUGGGAUAUUCCAACAAGUAAUGAACGUUUAUCACGUUUAACAAAUGUAAAACGUCAUCAAAAUUUUUAUACAUGGCUUGUUGCAAUGAAUGUUAAAACCGGUUCAAUAAUUGUACUUAAAACAAUAAGUUGGCAAAUGAAUCUUGAAAUAAAUAUCGACUCAACUAAAUCACAAGGUUCACGUGCAACACUUAUAUCUGAUCCAAUACCAAUUCAACCUGAAAUUCUCAAACAAAAUAUACGUAUACCAACUUGUGUACUCUAUCCUCCAAAUGCUAAUAACGCACAAAUUCUUGUUUGGCAUCCAGGUUGUCGUGUUGGUGAAGUUAGUAAACGACCUGAAAUUGUCGUACUACCACGAUGUAUGUUUGUUUUACAUCAAAAUCCAUAUUAUAAUCAUUAUAUUCGACAUAAAACGCAUACAUCUAUUCAAAAUAAACUUAAUGGUGGAAGUUCAUCAUCAUCAUCAUCAUCUGAUACUAAAAGCAAUGCUUCACAAUCGACAAAAACUAAACCUUUUUGUCGUCUUAUAUUUCCUCCUUCUUCUCCACCAAAUUCAUCUUCAAUACCUGGAAAUCGUUGUUGUGAUGAUAUGAAACAUAUUCUUGACGAUCAUGCUAGAUUGGCUCAAGGUGUUAUAGUUCGAUAG